UCGCAAAAGAAAAUGGCGUAUGGCUUUUCUUUCUUUAUUUUGGCUGAUUUUUCGUUGGUAAACACACGAUUUUUGUGUGCAAUCGUUCUCCAAUGCCGCUGAAAAUUACCCGGUUAAAAGAAAGAAAAAUCUUUCAUUUGCAGAUACUCUUACCCAUGCUUAUGCGCCCCUUCAAAAUCAUCAUAUCGCCAUCAAAUCAAAAUUUAGUUGUCAUCAUAACGAUGACAUCACUUGCAAUACAUGACGUUCAAUCAUCGUGAUCAUUGAUGACAGUGACCACAACAGGAGGAUGUGUUUUUAGGCCCUCCCCAGAAGGAUUGGAGGAACUGAAGGCUUCCUAGGGAGGAAUGGGCAAUGAUUGAUGCAUGAUUCACUUAUUUGUUGUCUUCUUUUGGAGACCUGAGACAUCCUUCUUGGACCCUUUAGUGACAACACGCUUGUGCCUGUGGAAGAUUCAGACAGAAGCCAGCCAGGAAUGAGCUGAGGAGAUGAGUAACAAACCCGUUAGUCAUGACGUGUUUGAGGUCGGGGAUCUGAAUUUGUCCCCAGGUGGUGUCAAGUCAGAUCCCAAAGAACUGACUCCUGUAAAGGUUGAGCCAUCACAACAACAUCUUUCUGUGGAUUCUGGUGAUCAUUUCCAUCCAAAGAUUGAAACAGAGUCAGAGCUGGAUUCUUGUGAUAAGUUCAGUUCAAACAUUAAAACAGGGCUGGACUAUGGUGCUCAGUUCGGUUCAAACAUUCAUAAAAUGGAGCCGGCUGAUCACACAGCAAGUGAGAUUCAUGAGACUCAGAUGCAGAAUCAUGCAACGGAUUGCAGUAGUGAAACAGAGUUGAAAAUAAAGACUGGGGAUAGCGAAGUUGGUUGGGCUUUGCACGGUGACACGAAGAUCAAAACAGAACCUGCUGCUGGCUCUGUUGGGCAUCCAAGUUCAUCAACAAGCGCUGAUUCAUUCAUACCUCCAGAUGAGGCGCCAUCAGGGCCUGUUCCAGUAAAUCUGAUACCUGCACCUGGGAGUCGGGGUCUGUUGAGAAUCCACAUUGAGGAUCCACUCCACCCUGUGCAGAGUGGAAUCGUGAAAGAUGAACCAACAGAGGAAGAGAUGGAGGGGAAUCCCUGUGGUUUCGAUAUUGUCACAGACAAGCAGGAUGUGUACUUGAGCCCACCUGGUAAUGAUGCUGAUCAAUCAUUGGGCAAGCGUGAUGUCUUUGAGGGUCUUGAUGCCAUGAACAGCUCUUCAACAAGAGGCCAGGACGAGCUUUCUACUCUCAGUGGAGGAAGGCCAUUUACCUGUGACCAGUGUGAUAAAACCUAUGUAAAAAAUGGUGAUCUUGUCCGACACAAACUAGUUCAUGUCGAAGAAAUACCAUUUAAGUGUGACCAGUGUGACAUAGCAUGCAAAACCAAGAGUCGCCUUAGAUCUCAUAAACGACAUAUUCAUACAGGAGAAAAACCUUUCGUGUGUAGUCACUGUGGUCAUGCAUGUAGAUUGAAAAGUGAACUCCUUGGCCAUCAAAGUAUUCACUCAACCGAAAAGGCAUUCAAGUGUGACAGGUGUGAUAAAGCUUUUGUUUAUUGGAAUGAACUCACCAGGCAUGUUGCAUUACAUGCAGGAGAAACAACGUUUAAAUGUGACUUUUGUUACGAAAUAUUCCCAAAUGAGAGUGACCUCACUGAACAUAAACAUAUCCAUACAGGAGAAAAGCCAUUUGCCUGUAAUCAGUGUGGUAAAACAUUUAAGCGGAAAUUUGGCCUGAUUAUACAUCAGCGUAAAGUUCACACCAAGGACAAACCAUUUGCCUGUGACCAGUGCGAUAAAACAUUUACCUUUCCAAGUGAACUGGCGCAUCAUAAGCAUUUUCAUUCAGGAGUAAAACCAUAUGUCUGUCACCAAUGCGAUAAAAAAUUCACCACAUCAGCCUGUCUGUCGUCACAUAAACGUUGGCAUUCUAGUGAAAGACCAUUUGCCUGUGAAUAUUGUGAUAAGGCAUUUCUAGUGAGACAUAAACUCAUUGAGCAUCAGCGUAUUCAUACUGGAGAAAGACCAUUCAAAUGCGACCAGUGCGAUAAGGCAUACAUGCGGAAUUUCCAUCUUACCUUACAUAAGCGUACUCAUUCGGGAGAAAGACGUUAUCAAUGUGACGAGUGUGAUAAAGCAUUUACAACUGGACAGGCACUUAAUUACCAUAAACAUGCUCAUACAGGAGGUCACGAAAAACCUUUCGCAUGUGACCAGUGCGAUAAAGCAUUUGCUACAAAGAGGUAUCUCGGAGUGCAUCAGCGUAUUCAUACUGGUGAAAAACCAUUUCGAUGUGACCAGUGUGAUGUAUUGUUUAGACACAUAACAGCUCUUACAAGACACCAACAACUAACAUGUACUGGUAGAGGACAAUUACACGCACUCAAGUGUGACUUGUGUGAGGAAGUAUUCAAAAGCAAGCUGGAACUUACUGACCAUGAAGCUACUCAUGCAGGAGAAAUUUGGCUGUAACCAGUGUAAAAUAAAUUUAAAGGGGGUCUAUAGUCAGGAGCUAGGUGGUAAAAUUGGUGAUCAGGUUGGGAACUUAGCUUAAUUUGAUUGAGCGGAACAACUAUGAUGAGUUUCAAAGUACUGUGAGAUAGGAGAAACCCCUAUCAAUGACGUCAUGUAACUGAAUGUGACCUACCAAACUCCUGUCUACAAACUCCUUUAAGUCCAAAACUUAAUUUGAAUCAAAUCUAUCGG